AUGUCAAGUUGUCAACAUCGACCAUUUGAAUGUAUUCAAAUAUGUUGUCAAGGAGUGAAUAAAUGUAUAACAAAUUUUAAUCAUUUAACAACAGUUGCUGAUAUAAUAAAUGUAUUACUUAAUGAUUUAUCUGACAAAGAAUAUUUAACUAUAGAUGAUUGUUCAUUAUAUAUAGAAUAUCAUUCGUAUUUAUUCAUUUUAAAAAAGACAGAUUUUAUUCAAGAUAUUGUUUUUCGUUAUUCAUCAUUAGAUAUUCAUUUUAAAUUAGAAUUAAAAAAUAAUUUAUCAUCAUUACGUUUUGCUCAACGUAAAAAAAUUCUUCAAACAUCUGUAAAACAAACAAUAAUGUUCAAUCCUUAUGAACAAUUAAAAAUACAAGAAUUUUUAAUUCAAAAACAACAAGAAAUUAUAAAUCAAUUAACAAAAAUUAAUAACGAUAAAAAGCCAACAAAUAUAAGACAAUCAAGACAAGAUGAAUAUUAUCAAGCUAUUAAUAAUCGUGAAACAAUGAAAUCAACUCGUUCAUUAUCUCGUGUUCGAUUUCGUCUAUCAACUAUAACACAGAAACGUGAAAUGACAUCGCAAUCAACAACAGUACUACAAGCGAAGAGUAUUUUAAAAAAAUCACCUAUUCAACGAACUUCAAGUGUUGAUCGUGAUAUUGAUCGAUUAAUAUCAUUGAAACAAAGAGAUGAUAAUGAUGAUAAUUUAUCAGAACGAAGUACAACUGAUUCAUGUUUAGGGUCACUUUCAUCUGAAGAUAGUGCCUCUUAUUCUAUUAAACAACAUCAACUUGAGACACUUGUUUAA